AUGGACUUUUCAAAUUACGGCGAACCCGCAUCAGAGUGGACAUCCUAUUUAUAUGCACAUCCGAUCAUAAAUCAACCAUGGACCAAACCGUCGGAAGAAGAAUCUCUCACCGAGAUGCAUAUCACAGGCACAAAUGCAAGAGCAGCGCAUGAUCAGGUCAAGUUGAAAGCGCACGGCUUGGAAGGGAAAUUCUCAUGUCAAGAUUAUGAAGUCGGAACUCGUGAUGGAUCGAGUAUUCCGUUGAGGUUAUAUACCCCAAUUGGCACACCAUCUCCUCCAGGAGGACGUCCUAUCUAUGUAUACUUCCAUGGAGGUGGUUUCCUUCACGGAUCCAUCGAUACUGAACGCUCUGCAUGUGCCUUGAUCGCCACGAAGCUUAAUAUCAUGGUCGUGCAUCCAUGCCCGCGACAUGUCCACGAAGAAAAACACCCAAUUCCGCAUCAUGAUGCCUGGGACGCAAUGAAAUGGAUCAUCGAUCACGCGAGUAGUUACGGCGGUGAUGUUGGCAGCCUUGUCAUUGGAGGUAUCUCAUCCGGUGCAAAUUUGGCUGCCUAUGUGGUGCAGCAAUUCUCAACGGCAAAUACUACCAUAUACAACGAGAAUAAUGCCGUUCGAAUCAAAGGUCAGGUUCUUAUAGUCCCGUGGCUGAUCCAGCCCAACGCGUUUCCUUAUGGGCAAUUCAUCGAGAAGGACAAAACGUCACUAGUCCAGUGUUCCAAUGCUCUUGGUCUCUCGACCGAAAGACUCGAGUGGCUAUCGUCCAUUCUAGGGGUUGAAGACAUUGCUAAUCCAAUUCCUAAUCCCGCACUGGUCGAUGAGAAAGUGCUAGGUAGUUUGCCAAAGACAGCAAUCAUCAUAGCAGGGGGUGAUCCACUGCGCGAUGACGGGCUUAUUUAUGCCAGCAGGUUAGGAAAAGCUGGUGUCCGGACCAAAAUCCAUGUUUUCCCAGGGUUACCUCACCAUUUUGCGGUAUAUGAACUUCCGCAUCCUCACGUCGCAUAUGAACUUCGAUCAGCCAGUGUCUGCCAAAACAGAGUGCUUGAAUCUAUUCAGUGGGCCUUGAAAGAUGGGGGCGACCAAGCAGGUAAUGCAUGGGUCAUUGAAAAGACAUCAUAG